AUGGAGACGAGACGGAGUUUACGGAUCAGAGGAGGGAAUCCCCCGAAGGAAGGACCAAAGGGGGGGAACAAAGGCAUAGCGAAGGAGGACCCCAAAACGAAGGGCGGGGGCAAGGCGAAAGGGGAUGUAAAGAAAGGCGCUGGUGGAGGACAGGCAAAGGAAGAGAAGGGGAAGAAGACCUCCCAAAGUGACAAAAGUAAAAAGGACCUUAAAAGACACACGGGGGGGAGACGUAGCCAAGGGGAGGUGGAAGAGGCCACCGAGGAAGAUUCAUCAAAUGGGACAAACGAAUCAGAGGAACUCCCCAAAAGGGGGAGCAAGACAGGGAAGGAUGCUUCGAAUCGGGUGGAAGCCACGAAGGGAAAAACUACGCAUGGAAAAGUCACGCAGGGAAAAGGUACGCAUGGAAAAGGUACGCAUGGAAAAGCCACGCAGGGAAAGGCCACGCAGAGGAAGAAGUCACUAGAGGAGGCGAAACCCAUCACCACGGCAGACGCAGAAAGUGAAUGCACAAAUGAGACCUCAGUGAAUAGUAGGAGGAGUGAGAGGAAUGUGAAAAAAGGGGGAAUGAUUUUAAGGAAGCAGAGUAGUAGUAUGAGCAAGAACGACGGGGGGAGCUGCUCAACGGCGAGGAGUAAUAAAGGAAGGGAGGUGAAAAGAGGCACCUCUGGAAGUGGUACUAAAGGAGUGAAGGAGGAAGACAAGGGGGACCACUCCCUGAGGAGGGGAAAAUCGAAAGAGGGACCCAAACAAAAGGAUUCUGUUAAGAAGGAAGACCAGGGAAGGGGUGGUGACAAAAGUGGGAAAGGAGGAAAUACUACUAAGGGGAAGGCUGCAGGGGAGGUGGUCCAACGGGGUGGGGUCACGUCGAAAAAGGGCUCACGAGGUGGAGGCUCCCCAAGUAAAAGUUCAUCCGAUUUGGGAAGCUCCGUCGACCAGAGGAGAAGUGCCACCCAGGAUAAGAAAGCGAAAGGGACAACAACCCCCCCCAUUAAAGGAAAAAUGAAAGGAAACGCGACAGUCAGUAAGGCAACCGGCAAGAUGAGUAACACGGUAGUUGACGCACACACCGUGUCGUCCACCAGUGUGAAUAACCCCCCGCAAGAAAAGGGAAAGUCGAAAGGGAGUAGGAAGGAAGGAGCGGAAGAUGAGCCCAUCCCAGCUAGCCAUCACAUCAAAAAUAUGGAUUCUGAAGAAGUACAAAGCAGCAGAGCCAAGUGUAGCAGCAACAGGAGUAGCACUGUUGAAUGGAAUGAACAGGUAGAUGCAGCAGCCCCACCCAUCGGAGCAACGAACGAAGGAGUGUCCAACGCACCAAUGAACCGAAGCAUUAAGAGAAGGUUGUCCCAGAUCAUCGACGUGAUGAAGAAGAAGCAGGUGUUUCAACUCAUUGGAGAUCAGGACGAACGGGAUAGAAUCCAAUUUAUAGGACAUGAGUCAGAAGGGGGGGAUGCCAUCAAAGGAGAAGUGCCUAUCCAAAAGGAAAAAGAAACCACAGGUGGUGCAAAGGGAGAGAAGAAUAACAACUUGCCUUUCCUACAGAGAGUGAACUUGGACGUCAUUUACAACAAACUGCAUUACGAUUUUUACAAAGGGGAGGAGGACUUCCAUCGGGAUGUGCUGGUCAUAUUUCAGAGAAUCAAGCUAGCCAUAGAAAUGGAAAAGAACCCAAAGGAGAAACAGAAUCUGUAUCAACUUAGAUGCAACGCUUGGAAGACCUACGAGGGGGAGUUCUACAAGUUGCUUCUCUCCAUGAGAGGCACAAAGGAGGCUAAGAAAUUUUCCACCACGCAGAAGGAGCUACGUGAACAGGAGGAAAAAUACUUGGCUCAGCUGCUUUUGGAGUCAAGCAAGGUAGAAUUGGAAGAGGCGAAGGCAAAGCAGGGGAAGACCCUACCCAAGUCGAAGGGGAGUGGCCAUGCUGCUGAGCAGCCAUUGGAGGGGAAGCAAUUCGAGGGGAAGAAGUUGGAAGAGAAGCAGUUGGAGGAGGCUCGUCCUACCGGAGGCACAACUAACCACGACCAGGACCACACGCAGAAGAAGCCAAGUUCGUCAUCCAUUAGCGUGCCAACAAGUAACCUCCCCAGGGGGAGCCAUACGCCCUUUAGAGUUCGGUUACGCCUAGGGAGCUUCAACCUGGAUGAGGAUGUGACGGUGAGAAAGGGGAAAGAGGAUAAUCGAAGCGGGGGGAUCACCCUAAAAGUUAACGAAAUGAGUUGUGCCAGUUCGCCAGAGAAGGGGGGCACAGCAGUGGAAACUGGCGUAACUGCGGUAGACCCACAAACCGAAGAGUGGAGGAGAUUAAUCAGGGUGCACGUGCUGCAGAGCCUGACCAGAGACAGCAGCACGGCGUUUUAUUUCACCACCCCGGUGUUGGAAGACGAAAACUUAAGUGAGCAGAUUAAGAACGAAUAUAGGAAGAAAAUAGAAAAGCCCAUGGAUUAUACGACUGUGUCGAGAAACCUGACCCAGGGGGUCUACCAGAACCCAUGGGAAUUCUACAAGGACCUGAAGUUGAUUUUUCAGAACUGCUUCGCCUUCAACCCUGAUAUAGUGCAGAACCAGUAUAUCAUAGAAGCAGCGAAACGGGGACAGGAGAGGUCUUCGAAUCUGUGGGGGAAGUGGAAAGGGAAGAUUGUGGAGGCGUAUGAGCAGGGAGGCCACUUGGUGAAGGAGGCUCCUACCACAGUCACCACAGUCACCACGGUUAACACGGUUACCAUGUCUGCCAUGUCUGCCACGCCUACCGUUUCUACUGUGCCCCUUAACCUGCCAAGCUACGUGGAAUUCUUCAAAGGCCUGACGAGGAAGAAAAAAAAGUUCAGCUGCAUAUACGCCAUGUGGGUGGAGUACCUUCUGGCGAACCGGGUCAGCUUCGAGGAACUGUGCAGCGUUAGGGGAAUAAAAUGGGAGGUCCUAAAUGAGAAAUGCCAAACGAAGAUUUCCAACCCGGGAGAAGUGAAUCUACACCGAUUCAAGAAGAUGAAUAAUCAGAGCCUGCCUUUUUAUGUGUUCAGGGAGGAGUACCAGACUGCGUUGAGAGAGAGCCGCGAGGAGGUGAGGAGGGUGAAGAAGCAGACCGAAUUGGACCACCUGGAUGGGGUGAAGAAUCUAUACGAGGUGAAUCAUCUGUAUGACGAAGUCGGAGGAGAGAGUGCCCCGACAGACAACCCAGAAUACGCCAAUUUGCAAUUUCUGUUGGACCAAGGGAUGUAUAACCAGAUGGAGGAGUGGAGACCCCGUGAAGAACAACCUACGGAAGAACCUACGGAAGAACAACCUACGAAAGAACCUCCGAAAGAACCCGCAUUGAAGCCUUUUAGAAGCAGAAAACGUAGAAUCCAUGACACCAUUUUUUUUGACGAGAACGUAUUUGAUAGCUACCUGGAGGGAAAACGUAGCUGCAUGGUGAAGUGCUCACGGAAUGUGUUCCUUGCGGACUGCUUUUACUACAGCAGUGUGGAGCAGAGCUUGGGCGAUUUCAUGGCGGACGGGGAGGAAGGAACCUUCCCGAAGGGGGAAGUGAACAACCCGAAGGGGGAAGUGAACAACCCGAAGGGGGAAGUAGGCAUGACAGGAAUGGAAGGAGUGAAAACGAGGGAGGAAAAAUCAAGCGGCCUGAACGAGAAGGAGGAAGGCAUCGAAGGAAGCCAAUCAGCGGAGGCUGCCACCCCCAAGGGGGACAAAAUAGUCUUCCGCGUUCGAGCAGUGAAUGAGGAGAAGCCGGUCCAGAGAGCCGUCUGCAAAGGAUUCGAGGAGAGUCCCGAGGGGGAAGACGAAACGGAUAUAUCAUGGGGUGCGUAUCAUGACGGUGCACAUCAUGACGGUGCAGGAGUUCAUGAAGGAAGCGUGGUGGAGGCUACUGGCAAAAUAAAUGAACGCACAGGGGUAGGUCUAACCGAGGAACGCCUAACGGAGGAACGCCCGUCGGAGGAACCGGAUGAUGCCCCCCCAAUCGAAAGGAUAAGUCAGCUAGCGAACAACGUUACGGAACAUCCCCAACGGAGAAAAGAGAAAAAAAAAAAAGGGGAAAGGCUACAAAGAGCAGUGAUGAAGAAUCAACUAGGGAGAAAAACCUUGGUGAUGAAUCUAAAAAUGAAGUAUUGUCCUCUGGAGGACUCCUCCUUCUUCCAGGUGAAGGAAGGACAUGUUUACAGACACCGCGUGGAUGUUGGGUUUUCCUUUGUGCUGCGUUCCAGACGGAAGUUGGAUGUAGCCAUAAAAGUAGAUCGAAGGAAUGUUUCCUUGUUUGAGGAGGGUUGUCUGGAUUUUUUAAGCAUCCAAAUUAUGAACAAAUGUAAACGGACUAAUCACGUGGAAUUCUACUUGUGCAAUCGGAUGGCUGGUACGGGUCGUUCGCUGGUUCAGCUGUUAAGUGGUUACUUCGCAAGAUUGGAUUCGCCUGAGGGUGAAUUGUCGAAUAUCCUCCCCAGGGUUAGGCUCUACAUACGGGAUGUAGACGUGCUGAUGAGACUAGAAAAGGACGACGUGACACACCUCACCACCAUAGCCAUUUUGAAGAGGACGGUCCUGUGA